AUGAAUAAUUUUAUAAUUUUUUCCAGUUCCUCUUUAGUUUUUAUUUUAAUUAGUUUUUUUUUAUCUUUAAUAAUAGCUUACUUUUCAAUUAAAAAUAGAAUCAAGAACCAAAAACACCACAAUAAUAACAUCAACCAAACUAAAAAUAAUUAUAAAAAUAAAAAUAAAAAUAAUGCCCUUGAUAAUAAUUAUAGUAGCAAUUUUUCCAAUAUCCGUACUAUUGAAAAUUUUAUUUCAAGUCUCCAAAAUGUCAUUUCUGGUUUAGAAAUCAACUUUAUUCAAAAAGAAGAAAUGAUCUCAAUUUUCAAUAGAUUUGAAAAAGAAAUAAAAUAUAACAUUUCAAAUAGUAAAAUUGAUGGAUUCCAAGAUAUUAUUGACUGUAUUUUUAUUGACUCAUUGGUACUUUUGGAAAAGCUUAGAGCUAAACAAAAGCUUAGACACAGUAAAAUACAAAGUAAUAUCAGCUAUAUUAUUGUAUCUUUAUUUUUUUUCAUUAGUGGUACUUGCCGUUCAAUUUACAUAAGUAGAUUUUUAUGUAUUUUGUUUAAUGACAAAUCAGAAAAGGCCAAUCUCUGUAAGGAACAUUUAAUAGAAAUUCUUCCUUCAUUAAGAAUUCAUGAAUUGGUCCCAACUUUAAAAUUUUUCAAUUUUUGCCACAGAGAAAUAAUUAGUAAUGGGAAUCCAGUCAAUGUUAACCCCUCAUCAGUUUCUUCUAACUUUAAAAGCUUAACUUCAGUUAUGUAUAAUAAUCACAGGGGUUUAUACGGAAAUGAAAAUGUUGCCAUUGUUGACUCGAUAGUUUGCGAAUCAAUUGAACUUUCCAGUAGUAUUUGUUUAGAAGGUGCAUUCAAAUUCUAUUCAGACUUGUAUCUCAGUCUCCCCCUAUCCUAUCAAGGUUGCCAAUUAACAUUCAAUAAUCAAAUAGUUUUUAGAUGUCUUAUGAUUAUUGCAAAACAUGAAAAAUACAUGGGUUCAAUCAAUUCUUUUAUCAAUCAAUUUUGUAGAGGUCGUUAA